AUGGACGAUGACGAUGGCGCCGACGAGCGCUACAUCGAGCUUGAAACCCUCGAGGCCAUCUUCCCCGAGAUUCAGAAACACACGCCCGCCCCCGCCCCCGCCCCCGCCACGCCGACGAACCUCGAGUUCUCUCUCGAGCUCCCCGUCCAUCCCGCCAACCCAGUCACCGUCCUCUUCCCCGCCGCCUCGGACCCGGCCAACCCUCUCACCACCCAGGAUGCCACCACCUCCGCCGCCACUGCUGCGACCGCCCAGGCCGGCGACGGCCCUGUCGACUCGCACGAGCUCGUCCAUCUGCCCGCCGUCCUCCUGCGCAUCGCUCUGCCGCCGGGCUAUCCCGCCGAGCAGCCCCCCGCCGUCGCCAUCACCACGACGCCGCCCUGGCUGACGCCGGAGACGGUCGAGAAACUCGAGCGCGACGGGCCCCGUAUGUGGGCCGACGCCGGCCGCAACCUUGUCGCCUUUGACUACAUCGACCACGUCCAGCAGGCCGCUGACGCUGUCUUCCACAUGAUUGACGCCGCCGGCACACUGCGCAUCGACCCCUCGCACAAGCUCGCCAUUCUCGACUACGACAUUCAGGCCCGCCGCGCCGCCUUUGCGCGCGAGACGUUUGACUGCGGCCUCCGUCUUCCUGAUGCCGACCUGAUCUCGCCAGCCUGUGACAAGCCCAAAAAAGGCGCCGUCUGCCACCAGAUGCUCGACUGUCGUCAUGUCUUCUGCGCCGCCUGCCUCCUGGACUUUUACGCCACCGCCAUCACCGAGGGCGACCUCGCCACCGUGCGAUGCCUCGCCCCCAGCUGCGCCAAAGACCGCGCUGCUGCCGCUGAUCGUCCUGCUGGCGGUCCUGCUGCUGCCGCACCCACCGCCGCCGUCAAGAAGAAGAAAAAGGUGAAGACCUUCAUCAGCCCGAGCGAGCUCCUCCAGAUGGGCCUCUCCCAAGAGCUCGUCACCCGCUACGUUACCCUCAUGUACAAGACGGAGCUCGAGUCGGACAAGAACACCAUCUAUUGCCCUCGCUCCUGGUGCGAAGGCGCCGCCCGCUCCAAGAAGCACAAGAAGCCUUCCGGUCUCGAGCUGGGUGAGGCGUCUGACGACUCGGACGAUGCCGACGCCGACGCCGACGCGGAAGCCGAGGGCGGCGCCACCACGAAGCAGAAGAAAAGAAAGAAGAAGAAAAAGGCGGCAUAUGACCCCGCCGAUCUGCUGUCCAUCUGCGAGGAGUGCGGCUUCGCUUUUUGCAGCCGGUGCUGCCAGUCCUGGCACGGCGAGUUCGUCUCGUGCAUGCCUCCGCGCGACACGGGCGAGCUCUCCGCCGAGGAGCAGGCCUCGAUAGACUACCUCAAGCUGCACUCUACGCCCUGUCCCACCUGCGCUGCCCCCGCGCAAAAGACGCAUGGCUGCAACCACAUGAUCUGCUUCCGGUGCAACUCGCACUUUUGCUACCUGUGCUCGGCCUGGCUCGACCCCGCCAACCCGUACCAGCACUUCAAUGAGCAGCCGGGCGGGAAGCGCACCUCGUGCUACAUGCGCCUGUGGGAACUCGAGGAGGGUGACGGAGACGACGUCGGCUACGGCUUUGCAGGCGGCGCCGGUGGUGACCAGGCUGCCGUGCAACCGCCUCCUGCUGUUCUGCCAGACGACGUCGACGUCCCGCCAGUCCUCGACGACGACCCAGCCGGCCACGACGAGAGCGACAGCGACAGUGACGAUGGGCGGGAGGCCAAUGACCAGGCCCCACGAGACAACGUCCCCGGCGCCGUGGCGCGCGAGGGCCCUCUUGUCCUGCGCAUCGGCGGAGACCCCCAACCACGCAUCGCCGUGCCUCCUCCUGCACCUCAGGCGCCGCCGCCGCCGCCGCCGCCAGGCCGCGGUCGAGGCGGCCAUCACGGCGCGAACCACGCUCGCGGGGGGCGUGGAAAUGGGCAUGGACCUGGACGUGGCAACAACAGAGGCGCCGGUGUGCGCGCUGGUCCUCGACCGAACGGGGCCCAAGAACGCGCGGGAGGAAACAUGCCUCGCCGCAUCCCCGUCAGACACGGAGAUGGGGCCGACGAGAUGAAUCCACAGGACGCGGCCUGGGUCAGGAACUUUGUCCAGAUGGCCCUGGCCGACGUCGAGGACGACAGUGACGGGGAAGCCGACGACCUUGUGCUGUUCGCCAUGGCUCAAUGA